CCUUCAGCCCCUCAGGGAGUCCUGACCUGAGCAAGCUGGGGAUUACAGUCAUGGGGGACCCUUUCAUCAGGCAUAUCGUCCUCCUAGGCUUUGAGAAGCGGUUUUCCCCAAGUCAGCACUACGUCUACAUGUUCCUAGUGAAAUGGCAAGACCUCUCAGAGAAGGUCAUCUACCGCCGAUUCACAGAAAUCUAUGAGUUCCAUAAAAUGCUAAAGGAAAUGUUUCCCAUCGAAUCUGGACAAAUCAGCUCAGAGAACAGAAUCAUCCCUCAUCUCCCAGCCCCUCGAUGGUUUGAUGGGCAGCGGACCACAGAGAACCGUCAGGGCACACUGACUGAAUACUGUAACACCCUGAUGAACCUGCCCACCAAGAUUUCCCGCUGCUCCCAUGUUCUGGAUUUCUUCAAAGUAAGGCCCGAUGACCUGAAGCUCCCCUCGGAGAACCAGGCGAAGAAGCCAGAGACCUAUCUGAUGCCCAAAGAUGCCAGGAACAACAUUUCCGACAUCACUGGCCCCAUCAUCUUGCAGACCUACCGGGUGAUCGCAGACUAUGAGAAAAACUCCAAUACGGAGAUGACCCUGAAGUUGGGAGACCUGGUGGAUGUGGUGGAAAAAGGACAGAGCGGUUGGUGGUUUUGCCAGAUGAAGGCCAAGCGUGGCUGGGUACCGGCUUCUUACCUGGAGCCCAUAGACAGUCCAGAUGAGUCUGAAGAACAGGAGCCCAAUUAUGAAGGUGAACCCUAUGUCACCAUCAAAGCUUACACUGCCGUGGAGGAGGAUGAGAUGACAUUAGCCGAAGGAGAAACCAUUGAGGUUAUCCACAAACUGCUGGAUGGCUGGUGGGUCAUCAGGAAAGACGACAUCACCGGCUACUACCCGUCCAUGUACCUUCAGAAGUCUGGGCAGGACAACACCCAAGUCAAGGACCUCAUCAAGAAGAGGGGAGCCCCACCCCGCAGGUCCACGAUCCGCAAUGCUCAGAGCAUGCACAAGCUAAGCCGGAAGCGCAUCAGCCAAGAUUCCUACAGGAGAAACAGCAUAAAAUUCAUUCAGCAGCGGAAAAAGAUGAGACAGCUCAGUGCCCAGAAGGAGGAGAACCAGCUGGAAGGGGCCCCGAAGUCACCCAUGAAGCCCCAGCCAGCUGUGCCUCCUCGGCCCAGCCAGGACCUCAUUCUCAACCGCUGCAGUGAAAGCACGAAAAGGAAGCUGAUGAUGCCCAUCUGAGGCUGAGCAGCCCCUGGCGCUCCCAGCCUCUACCGUGUGAUGGGGAGGACUCUCUGCAUGGCAGCCACAGGGCACCGGGCCAGGAGGGGCCUUCCAUUUGGCCCAGCCUGCCCCGCCAGGCUCCAUGCCUUUGCCAAGGUUGACCAGCCCCCUUGGGCAACUUCUUUGUCCCUUGUAGCACCUUGGUCCUCUUGCUCCUCCAGGAAGUCCUCCCAGAUUCCUGCUGGUCCCUUAUCUGUGCUGCUCUGUACAUAUGUGUAUAAUCAUUGGGAACUGCCCACUUCUGUUUUCUCCCCUCUCUAGGCUGUGACCUCUGGAGGGCAGACACUCCCUGCCCUUGGUGUUCUGUCUGUACUUGGCAGCUUGCCCUCAAUAAACACUGGUUAAGGAGGACUAAGAGGAGCA